AUGCAUUUAUUUAUUUAUCUAUAUAUCAUAUCUAUAAAGGAGAGCACCAAACCAAAUUUUUAUGUAUUAAGAAUAAGAAAAUAAUGUAGUGAAUCAAAAUUUUUAUGUAAUCAUCAAAAAAAAAAACACAAAGAAAAUCAAGAGAAAGAAACAAUAACAAUUUUUGUUCAAAGAAAAUUAAUUUGCAAAUACAUUUGUAAGAAAAGAAAAUUUAAAUAAAUCAAAAUACACAAAAAGUAAUAAAUUAAUAAAUAAAUAAUUUUUGCUCAAACAGAGUCAAAGUUUACUUAACACAUUACUCUAAAACACUCAAAGUAGGCUUAAGAUUUUAUAUACCAUAGUGCUAUAGUAUCCUAUAAGUAUUAUUACCUCAGUCGCUUGAAGCUAAAUCAGAAUUAAGAUUAAUUAUUAAUUACAAUCCAAAACAAAAACAAUUCAUUGCCUUAUUGA